UGCUUUUGGAUGGGUGAGGGAGAAAUAUCUUCCUGUGAAAAUCGCGCCUGUCAUAUUAGAGCAAGCUGCCUUAGGAUAUGUGAGGAGAGAUGUAGUGGAAAAUUUCCUAAAAUACAUGCCUGAAUCUGAGCGUACAGUAUAUGAAUCAUGGCAAUCAGAUUUUAACAGUGUCGACCAAGAGGAAUUAAUUGUCACCCUAGAUAACCACAGCUGCAGAAGGAUACCAACAUCCAGCAAUGUCAAUGAAAUCCUCCAGGAGCUUGCCCACAAAAGGCUUUUCCAAGAGCCUGCCUACGUAAUUGAACAAUGGACAAAAAUACUCAGCACCACUGGGCUUCAGGACCUCACAACAGUAUACAAAACCCUGCAACCAACUGUGAGAAAAGUUGUGAAGUCCCUCACCUUCCCAGAGACAAUGAAUGUCCACCAGAAGGACAUUCAGAAGUACCUAACCACAAACUUGAGGAAUGCUGACACAUCUGUGUUUGUUCCUCAGGUUCUGGGGAGGAAAAUCAAUAUUGACUUUACCCAGAUUCAAGGACUUCAGAGAAAACCUGUGGCCAAUAUGUGUGGCUGUGUGCUGGAGUUGUCAGUCAAUUAUGACAGCUACCCUGACUUCAGCUCCAAGAUGAACAGGGUGUUGGAGUUUAAUGUGAUGUCUGGGCUGCCUGCUUUCCCCCGUACAUCCUUCCUACUGCUUUGCAUUCUGGGUAUGACCUUGGUGACAUCUGGCUUCCCUCAGCCUCGACUACCUCUCAGUCCUGAUGAUUCAGAGGCUAAACGAGAUGACUGGGAUGUUGUCUUCCCCUCCAUCUCUCUACGUGAUUGGAGCAUCCAAAUGAUGUCAGCACCCAGCCUCAGAGCGGCAGCCAAUAGCAAGACAGGGUUGAUGAGGGAGGCAUGGCUCUUUGCCCCAGAGAGAGCAGAGGCAAGCGUGGAGAGGGCGUGGCCUGCUGAGUGGUCCUCUCAGGAUGCAGGCAUGGUGAAGAGGAACAUGGUGGUGGCUGAUGAUGCUGCUUUCAGAGAGAAGAGUAAGCUGCUCACCUCCAUGGAGAGACAGAAGUGGCUCAACUCCUACAUGCAGAAACUACUGGUGGUUAAAUCUUCAUGAUAACUUAGUCUCACCAGAAAAUCAAACCACUAUCUGCACCUACACUGCCAUAAAGCCUUUUAAAAGGGAUACACCAAGUCUCUGGGUGAUUGCUAAGUCAGUUCAACUAAUGACACAAGAAGAUACUGUAGACAUAUAAAGUCAUUGACACCUGCUGUAUUUAUAGUGCUUAAGUCUAGCCUCUGAAAUAAAAACUCUAUUUCUAGUUCUAAUGUAUUUAUUGUUGUAAUUUCAUAAUUUUAUUCCUUUAUACAGAGAAAAAAAAUACCUGUCCUGCUCAAAACUGUAAUUAAGUUUUGGAUUUUCGAAAGAUGGUUAAAUGAAUAAAUCAGAAAUGUUUUUUGUGUGUUGAACAUAGAUAAAUCUGGUCCUGCUGAAAAUAAUUUGGUGUGAUUCGUUUUGAUGAAUAAAUAAAGAUGCAAAUUA